AUGCAAGAACCGAUGAACAGGAUACGGCCGUCUUCACCGUUGAGUGGGCAGCGGACUGUUACCUCAGGAAGUACCCGGCGAAUUUGGUUACAAUUAGACACACCAUGCGAUAGCUUUCGCGGCGAGAAUCCUAUUGAGGAUACUUUAUACAAUCAACCAACUAGUGUCGACAUUGAAGUGAGAGAUAUGAUAGAUGAUGUGAAAAGUAAGGUAUUGAACAAGUUGAGUAAUACGAGAUGGUUCAGAUUCAAAGAUAACACGAAUAUAAGUCUUGGGUUUUAUUAUUACAGUGCGGAACUACUAGAGCCAUCGCACUCUCAUUCAGUUGGACCAGAGAAAGCAAAUUCCAAUACAUUCGUAAUAACAUACUCUGAGUAUCAAAAUCUGAUAAAAAGGAAUCAGAUUCGUGUUGGACGAUGGUCCCAACUGCAUAACUCAUUUAAUAGGUUGUUACACAGGUCCACAUCUCAAAGUCCUUCUUUGGAUACCGCAUUCAAUGAUGACAAUGGUCUUAGGAUGUUAUCUUCUCAGCAUACACGACAGCAAUCUCAAUCCCCUGAUGAUAACCUGAAAUAUGCGUACAAAGUCAUCAUAGAACCGGAUACGCCCGUUAUGACGGUAUACAGGGAGUUAUAUGGGGGUUUACAGAAAAGUGAAGAUGCUUUAACAGUGUUUUAUCCUCCGAUGUCUUCAAGUUCUCCUACCUCUCCUGAAGUAUUGACUCCUGCUGAACUUUUAGAUCCAAUACGUAUAUUCACCAAGGACGCUAUAGGACAGGAAAAAGAGAUCCUACUCUCAGAUAUUAGCCAGGGAACUGAAAUCGAUUCUGUUGUUGAAAGACCCGAUCAAAGACGGCCAAGUCUUUUUGGAAGUUUCUCAAGCUCGCGUAAUAACACUGGAAUACUACUAUUACCAAAAGGUGUAUCCCCUGAGGAUAUUGAAGGUAGCAAUGAUUCUCCGUAUGAGGAAGCGAAUAUUUCCUUGGAUAAUAUUGAAACUUCACCGCCACAUCCAGAGAGUUACGCGUUGACAGCCCAGAAACCAUUAACAGAAGAGGAAGUGGGUAUAUCAUUAACAAAGACAAUAUCGUCUCCAGAAUUACCUCGUCCACUAUCCAGAAGGACCACACCCUCAUUAGAUAAGCAAGGCAACCUUCCAAAAUAUAAAGUGUUUCCUCGUAUCAACGUGCUUAUUGUAGAAGAUAACGCUAUAAACCAAGCCAUUCUAGCAUUAUUUUUAAGAAAGAACGGAAUUUCUUACAAAGUUGCCAAAGACGGAGUGGAAGCAAUAGAAAAGUGGAAAGAAGGCGAUAGUCAUCUUAUCCUUAUGGAUUUGCAAUUGCCCCUGCUAUCAGGGCUCGAAGCAACAAAAAAAAUAAGAGAACUGGAACGAAUUAACAAUAUUGGGAAUUUCUCUCAAAAGAGUGUUUCUAAGAAGCCCAAUCUGAAAAAAAAUGCUAAUUCUAAGGAAGAAGGAGGUACAACUGCUGCAAAGACAAGUGAUCAGCAAAAUGAAGUCGAGAAAUCGAAUCAGCAGAAUAUGGUGUUGGACAAAUCGAAGUUUAGGUCACCUGUUAUAAUCGUUGCACUUACCGCAUCUUACUCACAAAUUGAUAGAACAGAGGCCCUAUUAGCUGGCUGUAAUGAUUAUUUGACCAAACCAGUCAAUUUGGACUGGUUAAGCAAAAAAAUAACUGAAUGGGGAUGUAUGCAAGCAUUAAUCGAUUUUGAUGGCUGGACUGAAGGACAAAGAAGGAUGACUGAUGAUGUACUUUUGAGACCUCAAAUUGUAACGGCAAGAAAAUCACAAGCAACUUCUACUAGAUCUGUACCGAGAGUUUCUUCUGUCUCAACGACACUUGAAUGCGAUGAUUCUAAAUAUACAAAAUCGAAUGACUGUUGUCCGUGA